AUGCAGCUAGAACCCUCAUCUGGUCCGGCGGGCCUUCCUAAUUCCAGCCAAUGGAACAUCAAAAAUCCCAAGGGGGAGAUAUAUCACAUCCAAGCAGCGUGGCCUCUGGCGUGGGAUUCCAGCAGCAAGAAAGGACAAGAAGUUCCGGUUUUCUAUGUUCUCGACGCUAACGCAUAUUUCUUUGGCACCGUUGAAGCGGUGCGUCGAAAUGGCGUUCUCCCCGGUGGCAAGGACGGCAUCGUGAUCGGGAUAGGCUACCCGCCGUCACGGUUUCCUUUUGACGGGCGGAGAAACUACGAUUUGACGCCGCCGUCACCGCACUAUGCCCCGCCGUUAGAUGCUGACGGCAAGGCGUUUGCGGGUUUGCAUGGCGGUGCAACGGAGUUCCUCGAGUUCGUGGUCAAGACUGUGCGCGAGCUGUUAUUUACGGAUGAGGGACCGUUCUCGAAGGACAAUGUAUCGAUGGAAGUCCUAGUCGGCCAUUCUUACGGUGGUCUUUGCACGCUUCAUGCGCUUUUCACUAGAGCUACGCCGUUCCAGGCUUUCGUUGCGAUCAGCCCGUCGAUCUGGUGGAAUGAUAAGUUCUUGCUCUCCGAGCAGGAUGCGUUCUUGGAGCGAGGCGUUGAGAAAGGAGUAGGCCUUGGACAACCUCAGUCCAAACCUCUGCUGUUUUUAGCGUACGGUUCUCUGGAACAAGACCCUAUUCGUGCCCCAACCUGGACGGACGAGCAGUACGCCAAACAAGUCGCGUGGUAUCACAGCAUGUCGCUUGGCAAGCAUACGGAGGCUAUGUAUGGGAAGUUGAAAGACUCCGAAUCUUUUGAUACCCUGCGCUUUCGUGUUUAUGAGGGUGAAGACCACCUUUCAGUUGCGAUGAAUGGAAUUAGUUGGGCUAUAUCGAGUAUUGUAGAUCUCGCACGAUUUGGCUGA